AUGAAGUUGGCCAGCUGGAGAAGGUUUGCAGCCUCUAAUCUCUUUAACCUAGUUAAUGGAAAUAUUGGCUCAAUGCUUUGGAUUUCUGCUUUCAUGUUUCUUAUUAUGCACAAAUGUGAUUUCCAGGAUGUAGCUGCCGAACUCAAAAAACUUGAGAAUUUGAAGGCUGAUCUUGAAGCUCAGCUGAAAACGGUCAACACCUCAAUAACGUCUGCACGGGCUCGCCUGGCAGUGCCAGAGAAGAAAGAGAGCAGUUUGAUAAUGCAAGUAAUGAAAUUCCUAUGCACCUCAAGUCAAAGGAAGAAAAGCUGA